GGUGCAGCUCGGCUGGGAGACGGCGCGACCCGGCGGCGGGGCCCCCCGCGAGUCCAGCGCCGCCGCAGCCCCCCAAUGCGGCCGCGAGAAGCAGCGGGGGGGCAGGCGAUCGAAGAGAAAGCAUUAAGUACACACAUACCUUGGAAAUAUUGUGGGUUCCAUUUCAGAGUACCGCAGUGAAGAAAUCAUUGCAAUAAACAGCCUCUACAAACGUCAUCUAGUGACAAUGAAGUCACCUCUGUCCUUUCUGGAGAGAUGCUGACCUCCGCUUCCUGGACCCAUUCUGACUCAGGAGCCUUCACGUAAAUGGGUCCAGUCAUGCCCGCCAGUAAGAAGCCCGAGAGCUCAGGAAUCAGCGUGUCCAGUGGACUGAGUCACUGUUACCGGGGCAGCGGCUUCUCCAAGGCCCUCCAGGAAGAUGAUGACCUCGACUUCCCUCUGCCUGACAUCAGAUUAGAAGAGGGGACCAUGGAAGAUGAAGAGCUGACCAACCUGAACUGGCUGCACGAAAGCAAGAACUUGCUGAAGAGCUUUGGGGAGUCGGUCCUCAGGAGUGUCAGUCCCGUCCAGGACCUGGACGAUGACACUCCGCCAUCCCCUGCCCACUCGGACCUGCCCUAUGAUGCCAGGCAGAACCCCAACUGCAAGCCUCCGUACUCCUUUAGCUGCCUCAUAUUUAUGGCCAUCGAGGACUCUCCGACCAAGCGCCUGCCAGUGAAGGACAUCUACAACUGGAUCCUGGAACAUUUCCCCUAUUUUGCGAACGCGCCCACCGGGUGGAAAAAUUCAGUGAGACAUAAUUUGUCCUUGAACAAGUGUUUCAAGAAAGUGGACAAAGAGAGGAGUCAGAGUAUUGGGAAAGGGUCAUUGUGGUGCAUAGACCCAGAGUAUAGACAAAAUCUAAUUCAGGCUUUGAAAAAGACACCUUACCACCCACCUCCCACCCCUCAGGCUUAUCAAAGCGUCCAGACCAGUGUCAUCAGGCCUCUUCCUGUGCUCUCCCCUGGACAUUUCCGCACAUCAGGUCCACCCAUCUGGCCAGGCAGUACCUUCUUCAAGAGAAAUGGAGCCCUUCUGCAAGAUCCUGACAUUGAUGCUGCCAGUGCCAUGAUGCUUUUGAAUUCUCCCCCUGAGAUACAAGCAGGUUUUUCUCCAGGAGUGAUACAAAACGGAGCGAGGGUUCUGAGCCGCGGACUGUUUCCUGGCGUCCGCCCGUUGCCGAUCACUCCCAUCGGGAUGACUGCGGCCAUAAGGAGUAGCAUCACCAGUUGCCGGGUGCGGACUGAGAGUGAGCCGCCCUGUGGCUCCCCGGUGGUCAGCGGCGAUCCCAAGGAGGAUCACAACUACAGCAGUGCCAAGUCCUCCAAUGCUCGAAGCACGUCUCCCGCCAGCGACUCCGUCUCCUCCUCCUCCUCCUCCUCCUCCUCCUCCUCAGCUGAUGACCACUACGAGUUUGCCACGAAGGGGAGCCAGGAGGGCAGUGAGGGAAGCUUCCAGAGCCACGAGAGCCACAGCGAGACAGAGGAGGACGACAGGAAACCCAGCCAGAAGGAGGCCAAGGAUGCCCUGGGGGACAGCGGCUAUGCGUCCCAGCACAAGAAGCGACAGCACUUCGCCAAGGCCAGGAAGGUCCCCAGUGACACCCUGCCCCUCAAAAAGAGACGCACAGAAAAGCCCCCCGAGAGCGACGAUGAGGAGAUGAAAGAGGCGGCCGGUUCGCUGCUGCACUUGGCAGGGAUCCGGUCCUGUUUGAACAACAUCACCAAUCGGACGGCCAAGGGGCAGAAAGAGCAAAAGGAAACCACGAAAAAUUGAAACAAGUCUCUGAUUUGUUUUGAACUUACGGCCAUUUGGUUUCAGCAUGUCAGGAGAUUUCUAAUGAUUUGUGGCAAUAUCAGCAAUUUUUUUCUUUUUCUUUUUUUUUCCUUUUUGUUGGUUUGGUUUUCUUUUCUUUCUUUCUUUUUCUUUUCUUUGUUAAUUUGCCCCCCACUCCUUUGUUUUGGGACCCUUAAGAAUUUUGUGUUUAAAGGAGAUUGAAGCCAUAGAACUCAUAUUGACACUCAGCCGUUUUACAAAAGCUUUUCUUUAUCUGAAGACAAAAAAAAAACCGAAAGGAAAAAAAAAAAAAGCCAAAAUUAACCAUUGCUUCCUGCAGCCUGUCAGAAGCCUGUGGCUGAACCCACGGGGGGAUGUCAACAUUAAUGUCACAGGAACACUCCUGCGCCACCUAGGAGGCACACGUGCAGAAUGAUCACGCUCAGGCCAACCCUUAGGUUUAAAAGGUCAGUUGUGUUCGGAGUGAAACUGGGGAGCAAUUGCAGGGGCUGAAGAGCCCCGUGUCCCCCUUGGGACAGUUACUCUAAGGGUAACACCAUGCUCUGGCCCUGGUGUCCUCCUGUGCCAGAAACACCAACGGCAUUGCCAUAUAGCAAGCCCAGGGCUCGGCUGCCAGUCCUCUGUGCUGCUUAAGCUUGAACCUGGUCCGUCUCACAAGCCGACUGCCAGACUGUUGGUGUACAUCGGGUGUCAGUGACUAAGGAGGGACAGGGAGAAUCCUUAGAGCCAUUGCUCACCGCUCAAUUCUGCUCUAUAUUAAGACUUUCCAAAAGCCAUAAGCCUGAAGGUUGGCCCUGAGCACGCGCGCACGCGCGCACACACACAUACGCACACAUGAGACUUAAAGAUGAUGCAGAAAACAGGCUAUGUCCUUUUAACUGCCCCAGUGAAAAGCAAUCAUGCCCAAGACAUGACAGUAGCUGUUAAGAAAGCAAAAAUGGUACAGAUUCUUUCCCAUCAAAACAAUCUGAUCCAAGUUGGGGGGGCGGGGGGAGGGGGAGGGGUGCUACAGAAACUGCCAUUAGUAUUGUGGUGUCUUUUUAAGAGGUUAAAGAAGCAUUGAUGGACACGAACAGCAAAAACAUGGCAAACAAUACAACUCCUAUAUUGCCCUCAAAAAGGGUUUGCAAUUAAUGUCAGGAUUCAUUUUUUGCAAAAAAAUAAAAAAAUAAAAAAUAAAAAAAUAAUAAAAAAAAAAAUCAGUGAUUUUCACAUUCAGCCAGUGUAGCCAGCAGAAAUUUCUGAUCCACGAUGCAUGGAUUCCUUUGAAGAAAAGAAAAAAAAAAGAAAAAGGAAAAAAAUUACAAAAACAAACUUUUUUUUAUUAAAAAAUAACAAAGUUCUUGUAAGGUAAAUAAUGUAUUUAGCAUGAAGCAUGAAUUAUUUUCAUAUAAAUAUAGAAAAUAGAGAGAAGGCUAUGCCUCUAAUUUUUAAGCCCUUAGGCUUAGAGGUUCUUUUGUUCUUUUUUUUUUUCUUUUCUUUUUUUUUCUUUUCUUUUUUCUUUCUUUUUUUUUGUUGUUAUUUUGUUUUGGUUUUUUGAAGCAGGUGUUUAAGGUUUAACCUUCUUCAGGGACAAACUCUGACUGUUGGGGAACUUACUCUGCAAUAUAAAUUAUCUUCAUACUCUGGUAGGGCUUGGAUGGUUGAGCUCUAUACUGCCUUGUCCACACUCAGCCCCGACCCCCUCUGAUUCUCUACUGAAGAGUGUGUCCUUCCCUUUGUCUGUAUGUGUUUAACAUGACGCAAUAAUUCGAGGGCAAACUUAGUGUGUAUGAUAGAAUCAAGAGAAUUAUGGGACGCUUACUUGAGAAAAAUCAUUACCGUGAUUUGGUUCUAGGAAAAAGGCAGUGAAUAAUUAUGCAAAUUCACCAGAAGAAGGGGAAACAUGCUAAUGGGCCUUAUUGGGUGAGGGUAAGAGAUAGGGUACAUGGGUAGGAGGAAGUAAGUGAUAAUGGGCUUGGAUGGGCCCGCCCUCCAUGUUUUACUGCGACAGUGAGAUUUCGCAGUGAGAAGGGGGCUGGCCCUCUCUGCCUCUUCAGCAGUAACCGCCCUGGGACUAAGACCACCUAGACAGUGAGAGCUGAAUAACAACCAGACCAUGUCACACAAGCCAGAAACUCCAGUUACCUUUGCCAAGAAAGUGUUUUUCCUUGAGGUCUAAAGAGAAAUCCCUAAAACAAUAUGGCCUUCCAUCCAAAUGGAACUAUUAAAAAACGAAAACACUACCAUGGCUCAGGGUCAGAUGUUUAGGAGAGGGAGAAAACUGAGGUGACCUUGGACUUUUGAAACAGGGCAGUCAUGGGCCUUUUUAAAGCUAUGUCCGCCUGUCUGAACCAGGUACCAUGGCAACUGCAUCAGCUUGGGAGGAAAGAUGUGUUAUCUGGUGCAUUUCUCCCUACCUAACCUGAAGGCAGCUUCAGAAAGAAGGAGGGGUGGGGUGGGAAGGACCUCCCACUUUAGGGCAGGCUAGAUUUACCCCCACCUGUCUGUCCCUGAGCCUGCCCUCUCAACAUGGAGAUUCAGGGUUAGAUGAGAGGGCAGGUGUGGUUUUUUCCAGUGCUCUGAUCCCUCUUUGUCCACAAAGCUCUGACACCCUAUAAGCCAUCCACAGCUCUGGAACCUGAGCCACACUUAGAUUUCUGUUGUCACCUAACCAAGUCCAAAAGACCACCCUCCCAACCCCCAAGAUGGUGAGACUCAGACCUCUCCUGAAGGUGAAGGUAAGCGCUCGCUCGCUCGCUCGCUCACUCACUCGCUCGCUGGGCACUGUUUCUGGCAGGGGACUUCUUCCAGUGAAAACCCCCCACGUGGGCUGUCUCCCCUCGUUUUCUUUUCCCGAAGGGGCAGAGGCCUCUUUCAGAGAUAACAAGAUGCAGUGUGUGUGUGAUUUACUUUUCUGAUCUCGCGGAGAUCUAGGAAACUAUCUUCUACAAGUGUGUUCUGAACCCCAGAACCACUCUUUGCAUAAAUACCUCAUCGGGCAGCUUUCUAAGUGUUAUUUUCCUGAGCCUCCCUUGGCGCCUUUGUUGGAAUUUUCUGGAAGACUUGUUGGGGAAACUUUAGUAAGGGUACUUUUUCUAUUUUCCUUCUGUUUUGGGAGGCAUAUACAUUAUGCAUAACCAAAACAAUGGCUCAAUUGUGUUUAACUCUGUAUUUUGACUGUUGAGGCGAAAACAAAGUUAUCAAUGUGUAUGUGGACGUUUGUAGCGAAGUCUGCCGAAUGAGGCUGUCCGUGUCCUUAACAAGCCAAGGGGCAGGAGGCACCCUCUCUUUCCCCUCCCCCAAGAGCAGUAGAGAAUUUAAGCACAAGCCUAUUUGUGAAAGAAUAUUUUGCUUAAGUGUAAUUCACUUUAGUCUUGGACUUCCUUCCCAAUCGUCAGGUGUUCUUUUAGCUUUCAAACUAGCCUGUGUAUCCAUUAGUCUGACAGACCGCCUGAGCAUCGUUCAAGGGGUGUGGUGUUCUUCUUUGUGGUUCAUGUGUCGUUCCAGGAUCUCAUGUACUCACAUGGGGCAGGGGGGGAGGGGGAGACGGGGAACUCUAGCAAUAUUUACAGAUGCUUUGGAAACAGCAGUGAACAAACACAUCAGCACCGUGGCGUCGCGACCACUGUCUGUUGGCCCUCAGACACAUUUAAGAGGAGAGACAGUGGCUUUCUUUUCUUAGGUGAAAUGGACAUUUUAAAAUCCUCCUCUGGGUUGUCGUCUUUCUCCAGGACUUUGUGGAAAGGGUUCGCAUCAUAGAUUUUUCUUUCUGAUAAUAUCAUAAGCUCCUACUUCCCUCCUCUCUCCAGUCAGUGUAUUUUUCAAGAGUUCUUUUGAUAAAGCUGGCUCUCUGAAAUUAAAGCUGAACCAAACCCGCAUGUGUAAGGAAACCGUGGUCAGGACACCUGAAGCAGCAGGUCUCCAUUCUUGGCUGGGUCUUUAAGGAGGAAUGGGUCGAUACCCUUUCCCAAGAAUGGAUUUUCUUUCUUGUCGCGUCCUUCGGCACGUCUAGUGCUUUCUGUUCAGAGCGGUUCCUACCACGGAACAUUCUAGAAGGAGUAUUGCACUCAGUGGUGCCCAGGCAAGAGAGAAUGGCUUUGGUGCCCAGCCUAAGAGUCCAACACAGCAGGCCCAUGCUCAGCACCCCAAGCCACCAAUUUGGGUUUCAGUGGUGCCACUCCGGGACCUCCAGCCUCUCGGGGUGGGGUGGGAGGGCUACGACAUGAUGCCAGAGUUAGGCACAAGUGACCUGCAUGGGAGGUUUUUCCCAUAUCUAGGAUUAGACUGAAUUUAGUGCGAUUUCUCUUCCCAUUUCAAACCUUAUUCAGGUUGGGACUCAUUUCUUUCUGGUGGAUCACAGCUGCCCAGAUGUUGCAAUUGAUUUCUUUGUUUCUAUAGAGAAGUCCUUUUCUUUCAUCUUCAGAAGCUUUGUUUUGUUAUUAUUAUUAAUUAUUAUUAUUUGCCACCAAAAGAAAACAUUGGAACCUAUGUCCCCUCUUGAUUGUGACUUGCCAGUGUUGACAGUUCAGUCCUUCGUGUUGUAGAUCCCAGCCCACCAGUACUAUAUCAAACACUGUUAGGCACAUGAUGCAGCACUGUGAUCUAAUUUAAAUAAUACUUUUUUAUUAUUUAUACUACUAUAUAUAAUAUACAUCAACACUUUUGCUAUAUAACCUACGUGAUAAACCCUUUUUAGUUACCUGUCGGACUAGACUUUGGUUUCUAUUGGAGUUAACACAGUUACAGAAUUGUAAUGGUGUCUUCUUUUUUUUUUUUAAUUUUUUUUUCCUUUGUAAUGGAAUGUGUAAAUCAAAGUAUAUACAUUGUGUGGUGUUCCUGUUUCUUGGGAUGUCAUGAGGAGUUACACACGGCAUUCAGUGUUCUGUAUAGACCUGCCCACCUUUGUGAAUUCAUCUGUUAACCCAUCUUCGUUUGAGAGCGCGCCAGCCAUGGUGGCUCUAACUCCCAGCGUCCUCUCCCUGCUGGCUAUUCUUGAAUUAAGCACAGACUCGUCCACUCGGUUGCUUUAUCAUGAAUCAUGGGUGUGACUCGGUCUCUCUUCCACACUUCAGCAAACCAGUGCUGGCUUCACAGACCAAAAAUUAAGGAAGGAAAACACCACUUUAAAAAAAAAAAAACGAUCCACCUUUUCAUGGCCGAAACGGAUGUCUAUGGUGCUGCCGAGCUUCUGGAAUCAGACCGCUGUGGAGUGAUCAUUUCUGAUUUGCUGUGGGAUGCUCACAAGUACCCUUCCUAUCUUGUUAGUGUUGAAAUCUCGACUCUUGGUGUGAGAUCUGUACGGCAGUGUUUCUCCGCUGUUCAUUUGCAGAAGCGGAGAACAUGCCUUCUCUGCCCUUUUGCAAAUGAUCCAUACUCCAUAUUGGAUUCUCAGAAGACUUCGAUAUGGUGAUCCUGUCAAACCUAGAAAUUGUAUUUUAUCUUUUCACACCUGGUUUCCCCCUCUUUCCCCUGUGUUCGAGGAAACAGCACACUUCCUGUUGUGGAUGCGUUCACCAUUUCCUGAGUCCGUGUGUUGAAGCCACCCAAGGCCAUAGCUGGCUGGUCCCACACCAUUGUCCUCACUGCCUGUACGCCAUGGUGAACACGGGGGUGGAAAAGUAUCUGUGUGUGUCCGGGAAACAGCUCCGUGGACAUUUUCUUAGUGCUCUGAUUCUGUAACAUUUCUGAGUUUUGUUUUAAUUUUACAGAAAACAAAACCACAGUGAUAACGCAGUGAGAAGACCGAGAGGUUUGUGGCUGAAUCUUAGGGUCACUCGACCUUUCCAGGCCAACAGAUCUACAAGGCCAAAUUAAUUUACAAGAGUAAUAAUUUCUUCAGAAGCCAAUUUUUUUUUUCCUGUAUUUCUGUAUGAAACUGCCAAUAUCAUGAACAGAAGGGGAGAAUUAUAAGGGAGAAAGAAAGUGAGGUUCGGUGGUGCUUACACCCUGCCUAAAGCAGCAGUGUGGAGAUGGCGCCGCCAUCAGCCGAGCUCGGGGGACUUGGUGUUGCUUGGGAGGGAUCCAUACAGCAUUUUGCGUUCUUCAUGUGUAAUCAUAUUGCCAAAGACAAACUACUUCAUCAUUUAUUGUAAAUAACACUUCCCCAGACCUACCAUAAAGUUUCUGUGAUGUAUCGUCUUCCAGUUGCAAUAAAAAUUACUGAGUUGCAUCAAUUGAA